AUGGCUUCGUCGCAAGGCAAGAUUGAGUUGAAAUUCGCCGACUGGAUGGCAACUUUGCCCGAAAGCAUCCAAAGCGUGCCGCUGGCCAACCUGGCCAUCCCAGGGUCUCAUGAUUCAUUUAGCUUCUAUAUUGAUGAGGCCUCUCCAGUGGGACCCGAACAGCCAGAAACUGUCCAGAAUUUUGUCUCUGUGUUUGGAACUGUGGCUAAAAAGCUGAUGAGGAAAUGGCUUGCAACACAAACAAUGAAUUUUACAAGCCAGCUGGGAGCAGGGAUACGGUAUUUCGACCUUCGGAUCUCCACAAAGCCCAGAGACCCUGAUAAUGAACUCUACUUUGCUCAUGGUUUAUUCAGUGCCAAAGUCAAUGAGGGCCUGGAGGAGAUCAGUGCCUUUCUCACUGACCAUCGUAAGGAAGUGGUCUUGUUGGACUUCAACCACUUCUAUGGAAUGCAGAAAUGCCACCAUGAAAAACUGGUUCAAAUGCUCAAAGACACUUUUGGGAGUAAAAUGUGCCCAGCCAUCUUUGCCCAUGAAGUCUGUCUCCAGUACCUGUGGGAGAAGGAUUAUCAAGUUUUGGUGUUUUAUCACAGUCCAGUGGCUUUAGAGGUCCCAUUUCUAUGGCCAGGACAGAUGAUGCCAGCUCCGUGGGCAAACACAACAGAUCCAGAAAAAUUGAUCCAGUUUCUCCAGGCAUCAAUCAUUGACCGAAGGAAGAAGGGCUCUUUUUUUAUAUCUCAGGUGGUGUUGACUCCAAAGGCUAGCACUGUGGUCAAAGGGGUCACUAGUGGUCUCAGAGAAACAAUCACAGAAAGAGCUCUCCCUGCCAUGAUGCAAUGGGUCCGGGCUCAGACACCAGGUGAAAGUGGUAUCAACAUUGUCACCGCAGACUUUGUAGAACUUGGCGACUUUAUCAGCACAGUCAUAAAACUCAACUACAUCUUGGAUGAAGGUGAAGCCGAUACAACCUGAUAGUACUGUAAUGUGUCCAACAUGUUCCACAGUUGAACUUUUUUUCCAGUUGUGUUAGGUUAGGUUGUAAUCUUGUAACCACAGAUUUUGCAAGCACAUGCUGAACAUUAUCAUUUUCUUUUGAAAGUGUCGAGGAAUUGGAAAGAAUAGGCAAAAAGAGGACAUUUUUGUAAGUUCUA